CCCCCUGUUGCAGGGCCCUUUGCAGUCACCAGAGUCUCUCGAAUCUUCGGCUUGCCAUGGCGAAGCCGGACGAAGAAAAGCUUCGUGAAGAGUUGAAGGUGCUUUUGCAAGCCCAGGCCGAAUGGGCCGAGGAGCUCCAAGAGCUUUCGCUCCGUCGAGAUGCCAUGAUGCAGAAGGCCCAAGCGGCCGAGGCCGCCGUGGAGGCCGAGCGCCAGGCGAUGGAUGACUUGGAACGGGAGUGCCACAGCUUUGACUUGCGGAAAAGGCAAGCGAACGAGGAGGAAGCCAACUCCCAGAGCUUGGCCGAGAACAUCUCCGCCGAAUUGCAGACCUUUGGACCCGCGAACAUCUCGACGGAGUCGAGGAAAGGUGGCAAAGGUGGGAAGAAUGGCAAGGGCAAAGGAAAGGCCAUUGUGGUGUCGCCUCCUGCUGCCCUACAGGAGGAGAUUGCUAGCUUGCGAGCACAAGUAGCGCAAGAGCGUCAGCGAGCAGCACAGGAGGAUGAGGCGCAAGAGAGAGCAACACGUGCACGGGUGGAGGAACAGUGCAUGUUGUUGAGGGCCCUCAUCGACAUGGUCACCGGCUCCGGAGAGCUCUCAAAGGCGGACACCUUCAACUUGGUGCAGCAGCUCUCCCGUGUGCCACGCCUCAGCGAGGAACAUCCGGAUGCUUGGUCCCUUCUGGCCCAGCAAGCCGAACGGAAUGGCGUGGCCCGCCGAGAGCUCUUGGAAUGCUGCAACCAGGAGUUGCGGCGCCGCCAGCGCAGUGUGCACGAGCUGCUGGAUGAGGACUUCCUUCCGCGGCUCCUGGACACGCUGAAAGGCGAUGGCAUUGUGGAGGGCUAUGAGCGGCCUCAGACUGGUUUAGCGGACCGGCUGAGGGACGAACUCCUGAAACGCUGAGGAACCAAAGGCGGA